GUUCGGAUACUGAGCCCAGACCAAGCCCAGACAGACAGGCUGGUCUCUCCUCCCUGAGUUAGCUUGCUGCAGGCUCUUUCCCCACAAGAUCAUGCCAUCAUGAAGGGAGCGUUUGGAAUUGUCGUCAUCAUCCUCCUCUUCUCUACUGCCGCUUGGGCUAAGAAGAUGCGCUGGUGUACGGUAUCAGAGGCAGAACAGAGGAAGUGUGCAGACCUGGCUAAAGCACUAGUAGCUGCCUUACCACCUGUUGCCGUCACAGCCUUCGCUAGACUGUCCUGUGUGAGAUCCUACGGCACAGCUGACUGCAUCAAUAAGAUACGAGCUAAUAAAGCAGACCUUGUGACCCUGGAUGCCGGAGAGGUCUACUCUGCAGUAAAGCAGUUUGGUCUCACAGCAGUCGCCAAGGAGAUCUACACUGAUGGUGGCUGUAUCCUGGCUGUGGCAGUAGUGAGGCACUCUAGCACGCUGGACAUCCGCUCUCUGCAGGGUACAAGGAGCUGUCAUAGUGGCGCUCGAUGGACUGCAGGCUGGAGUCUACCUUUAGGGCACCUGCUCUCCCGCAACUACCUGCCCUGGGCUGAAGAACAGCCCCUCAGUCAGGCGGUUAGUGCCUUCUUCAGUGCCAGCUGUGUGCCUGGAGCAGCUGCCAUGGCAAUCAGCCUCUGUUCCCAGUGCCGGGGUCAAAGGUCAUACAACCCACAGAGGAAUGCCCACUGUGAAACUUCUCACAGUGAACCAUUCUACCACAACCAAGGGGCGCUCAGGUGUCUAAAGUCUGGAGCAGGCGAUGUGGCUUUUGUGGAUCAUACAGCUCUGGACAGCAUAGAUGACAGUGAGAAGGAUGAAUACAGGUUAUUGUGCACAGAUGGUACUCGUGCUCCUCUGAGCAAUUUCAGGAAGUGCAAUCUUGGGCGUGGCCCUGGCAGUGGGGUGGUCACACGAAUGAACCACCGCAAGAUUGCCCGCAAAUUCCUGACAGCGGCUCAGAUGGCGUUUGGCUGGAGGGGGAGGGAACGUCAGCGUUUCCAGCUUUUUAAUUCAUCAGUUUAUGACACAAGUGACCUGCUCUUCAGUGACGUGACUAAGAGACUAUCCAUCCUGCAGGAAGACAUGGACAUGAGUCAGGUUUUGGGACUGGACUAUGUUGCUUUGCUCAAGGGCCUUGGACAUGAAGGUAGUUCACUGGAGGACAGUGUGGUGAGGUGGUGCUGUAUAAGUCAUGCUGAACAGAAGAAAUGUGAGCAGUGGGCUCUCAGCAUUAAAUCAGAUCCUCUGGUGUGUGUGAGAGCCUCAUCCAUGAGCGACUGCAUUGAGAAGAUCAAGAGGGAUGAAGUGGAUGCUGUGUCCCUGGAUGCUACACACACCUUCAUAGCUGGGAAGUGUGGCCUUGUACCUGUAGUAACUGAGUAUUAUGGGGAGAAGUGCGAAUUCCCUCAAGGAGAAGGCCAUUUUGAGACUAAAGACUUGCCGUUCUUGUAUGGUGUGGCUGUGGUACGUCGCUCCAGUAAAAACAUGUAUUUUGGUAAUAUGGAUGAUCGACGCUCCUGCCAUGGUCACAUGUAUAGCCCUGCAGGCUGGGUACUGCCUGCUAAACACACACUGAGCGCAGAGCGUAACAAUAGUGCCUCCUGUGAACCAAACAAAGUGUAUUCUGAGGUGUUUUGGAAGGGCUGUUUGCCUGGAGGUCAGGGCAACCUGUGCAAAGUGUGUGUAGGUGGGACAGAGGAAGCUGCCACGAAGCGCUGCUCUGACAAUCACAAUGAGCGCUAUUAUGGAAACAUGGGAGCACUGAGGUGUCUGGUUGGAGACUCCAGUGGUAAAAGCUAUGGAGAUGUUGCUUUUAUGGAGCACCAUAACUUGGAGGUCAACAUCGAACGUCUGAACAGCAGUGGCUGGGCCGAGGGCUGGCUUGCGUGGAAUUUUCAGUUAUUGUGUGAGGAUGGAGGCCGAGCUGCAGUGACAGAGUGGAGCACCUGUAACCUGGGAGCCAUCCCUCCCAAUACUGUCAUGACAAGACCCGUACUCACUGCUCGCAUCUACGACUUUCUCAUGAAGUCACAGGAGACCACUGCAGCACGUCUAGAUUCUGAGUUCUAUCUGUUUGAGUCUCAGCAGUAUGGUGAAAGUGACCUGCUCUUUAAAGAUGCUACUCAGUGUCUGGUUCACACCAGUCAUAUGGACUACCGUACUAUACUGGGAGAGGAGUUCUCUUCUCAGGCAGAAAGCAUCUUUAACUGCACAGAUUCAGACAUUCUGAAGUUUUGCAACCAAGAUGUCUGCAGCAUAUUCUGAACAACCUGAAGACCGCAUGUGACAUCAGGAUAGUCUUUUUUUUCUUUCCACUGCACAAUAACUUAAUACUCCUGUUGUCUAAAUGUCUUGCUGGCGGCAUGCAUAGUGCUUGGGAAUGUGAUGUUAUAAUGCAGUGUUUUAUGAGUGAUCCACCAUUGUGGCAGGGUUCAUCAGUCUA